AGCACACCAAAGAAGAACCAUUAUUUUCAACUAACCAACUCUGAAUUUUCAAUAUCGUUGAAUCAAAAGCUUGAUUGCCAUGGCGACCAUGAGCAAAGGUAGACCAAACUACCGCUUCCUCCCUGCGGUGGAACGAGAUUCACUCACCGAUUCCGUUUUCGAGUUCGACGAGUCCGAACUCUUCAACUCAGCCCGAGCCAACUCACCGGAGUUCCGCAACUCCAUUCGCACCUCUCGAUUCCACGGCAGCUCCUCCUCAUCCUCCGGCGGCGGCCGAUCCGGAGCUCCGUCGUCGCUGCCGGUCAACGUGCCGGACUGGUCCAAGAUCCUAGGCGAUGAGUACAGGCAGAGCCGGAGAAGGAACAACCACCACCACGACGAGGAUGAUGGUGAUGAUGAUGACGGUGAGGAAUUCCACGGCGGUGGAAGAGUGCCGCCGCAUGAGUUUCUGGCGAGGAAUCGAAUGGCUUCGUUGUCGGUGCACGAAGGAAUUGGAAGGACUUUGAAAGGACGCGAUCUCAGUCGGGUCCGAAACGCGGUUUGGGCCAAAACCGGCUUCCAAGACUAGAUAAUCGAUUCUCGAUUGAUCUAUAACUUUUUAUAACUAUCACGACAAGUGAGAAAUUAUAACAGCAAUUUCUGGCGUUUUUUUUUAAUUUAUUUUUAGUUUUUUCCAUUUUUGCGGAGUUUUAUUUUAAUUUCUAGGAUUAUCAAAAUUCUCUGAGAUUUUGAUUCGUAUUUCAGAGAGGUUCAUCUUGUAUUGUACCGUGUUACCUUGUUAUUGAUAUAUCAUUUAUUUUUCGGCAUAAA